AUGGACGAUGAUAUUCCUGACUUGGAAGAUUUUAGUGAAUAACUCUAAAAGAAAAAGGAAGCAUCUGUUGAUAUUGGUGAUUACGCUAAGCCGGUGGAGGAAAAACCUAUUCAAAUCCAACAACCCAAAAAAUAAGAUAAUGAUUUAACAGGUUUGAAGAAGGGAUUCUUGAACGAUCAAAAGAAAGACGAUGAUAUUAUUAAACCGAAAGAAAAGAAAAACCCUUUAUAAAUAGAUGAAGUUUAGGAAAAUAUGAAAUAAAACAAUUAGUCACAAUUUGGAUAAUUCAUGUCAUAAAAUAAAGAGGAAUGGUUAAAUCAAGAUCUAUUACAAAAAAUUGCUAGUAAUCCAAAAUUAUAAAAAUUAUUUACUAAUCCAGAAUAUUUAUCAGCAGUAUAAUAGAUGUAGAGUAAUCCAACUGGUAUUAUGUAGAGAUACAAGAAUAAUCCUGAAUUUGUAGAAUUAAUGUCAGAGUAUAUGAAAACAAUGGGUGAGCAUUUCUAAUAAUUAAAACCUUAAAAAUAAGAUAAGCCAUAAUAAUAAUAAUAAUAAUAAUAGCCUAAAAUUAUUCCUGUUGAUUAGAAUCCACCAAAAAAAUAACCAUAAACAUAAGAAGAGAAGGUCUAAUAUAUUAUAGAAAAUGAUAAAGAAGUAAAAGCUGUUUUACAGGAUCCAAGAGUAGUAGCAUUUAUUGAAUAUUUAUAAAGAACAGGAAAAGCUGACUUUUAAGAAAUUGCUUACAAAGAUCCACAAUUAAUGUAGAAAUUACAAAUACUCAUCCAAAAAGGUGUUUUAAAUGUAUAACGUAUGUGA